AUGAAACCACAAGCUGCGCUCCAAAUUAUUGCUCUGACCACGCUCUGGACGGCUGUCCAUGCCCAGUCUGGAGAAGUGGAAACGGAACGGAUACAGCCGCGCACGACCUUGCCUUUGCUGCUGCUGCUCGGCUAUCCCUUGGCCUUGCCACAGCUGGACGUGGCUGGCAGUGUCGGUGUGGGCGGCGGCGGUAUAUUACCCGGCAUUCCCAUAAGACGACCACAAGAUGAGCCCACGAUAACACGUAUGCCACCUCAGGUGGCUGCCGAUGCGCCGCCACAGAAUGCACAGAACGAUGCCAGCCCAGAUGCCAAUGCCCAGAUACGUGAACAGUUCAUUCAGGGCGUGCUGCAGGGCCUACAAUCGAUGUCCGCCAAUGGAGGACCCGGCCCUACCAUACAGCCGGCUGUGCUGGCGGACCUGCUGCAGCAGGUGAUGGCGGCACAGACCACCAAGCCGCCGCCGCCAACGCCCCCAGCUGCCGUUGAGAAGGAGGCACAGCUGCCGAGCCACGAUGAUAGCAGCAAUGACAAUGACCCCGACUACGAUUACAUAGACUUUAAGAAUGGUUCACGCAUCAAGUACGAGCUGGAUGACGUGAAGUCGCCGGUGAAUAAAAAAUUUCUUAGGAACAUGUUAAUUGAUCGCGUUUGGCUUUUAUUGGUGCUGGCUGGCCCUGUUUGGGCUGAGUUACAAAUAAAGGUCCCAGCCUGGAACAUACGCGACAUUUUUCAACAAAUAGCUGGGACUGCAAGCAGCCCAACAGGUCAGCUGCAAAAGCAGCAACAUAAGCCUCAACAUCAGCAACAGGAACAGGACCAUGAACAGGAUAAUGAAAACUACAACUUCGAUUUAUACAACCCGAAUAACUUUUACAAUGAUUAUUGGAAUUACUAUAAUUAUUACAACAGUUUGGCCGCUUACAAUUAUUACUUGUAUCAGCUAAGUUUAGCUAACAGCCGGCCUACAAGACCAAGGCCGACUAUAAGACCAACUACGAGGCCCACUACAAGGCCAACAAGGUCCACAACUGCAACGCCAACUACUUCAACGGCUAUUCCAACAUCCACUGGAACGCCGACUACUUCAACGGCUAUUCCAACAUCCACUGGAACCCCAACUACUUCAACGGCAAUUCCAACAUCCACUGGAGCACCAACUACUUCAACAGCAAUUCCAACAUCCACUGGAAUGCCAACAACUUCAACUGCAAUUCCUACCUCGACUGCAUUACCAACUACAUCAACAGCUAUUCCAACAUCAACUGGAAGACCAACUACUUCAACAGCUAUUCCAACUUCAACUGGAAGACCAACUACUUCAACAGCCAUUCCAACCUCUACUGGAAGACCAACUACUUCAACAGCUAUUCCUACCUCAACAGCGAUACCCACCUCGACUGCAUUGCCAACCCCCUCAACAGCGAUACCCACCUCGACUGCAUUGCCAACCACCUCAACAGCGAUACCCACGUCAACUGCAUUGCCGACUACCUCACCAGCGAUUCCAACGGUUUCAGGGUUGACGACUUCCACGGCAUUGCCCACUUCAACUGAAGGCCCAACUUCGACAGCCCUGCCGAGUACAAUACCCCGUCUUGUCAACAACAAACUGGAUAGUUUUGGAAUUCGAACUCCUGUAUCCGAAGCCGAGGAUCAUGUAUUUGCACCCAGUAAUGAUGAUGAUAGCAUCGCUGACCUUGACAAUGGCACAGAGCAUCCUGGAGUUGCUUUAGAACCUCAAACGCAAUUUGUGCGACUAACUGACAAAAAUGGCAGGCCUUUGAUACUGUUAACACCCAACCAUAAGCCGCUGCGUCGCCGCCUCGUCGGUGCUCGCCCGGGCUACACCUACUACAAAGCCAGGCCGAGCACGACUCAGUUUUAGCCAAGUUAACUCGAUUAGAGAUCGUUAGACUAGAAAGUUUCUCAAGUUUGUGAUUGGCAAAAUAAGAU